CGGCACCACGAGCCCCGCACGGCCGCAACCCACCCAGAUUUAGACUCUCCCACCGCGGCUGCAUAUCUCUCCCCCACCCGCACUCCGGUCGUCCCAUUACCCUCUGGCAUUGGUUGUCGAUUUCUUCGUUCGUGCUUGCUUGCGUAAAAUAUUUAAAUAAAUGAAGGCAAAUAUGGGCACAAAAGCUCGUCCACCAUCUGCUGAUGCAGAAAAAGGGGAGAUUGGCGAAAUAGAUACAAGGGCUCCAAUUCAAUCUGUUAAAGCUGCAGUGAGUUUAUUUGGUGAGGUCCGCUUUUCAUCUGACAAAUCAGCUGAAAGAAAGCCCAAGGCUCCUCAAACAGAGAGGGUUUUAGCCAAGGAGACAGAGUUGCACAUGGCCCAGAAAGAGUUGAAUAAAUACAAGGAACAGCUCAGUAAUGCUGAGACAACGAGAGUACAGGCUCUCUCUGAGCUAGAGAAAGCUAAAAAAACUGUUGAGGAGCUAACAGCCAAGCUGGAUCUGAUUAACAAGUCCAAACAGUUGGCCAUCCAGGCAACAGAGGAUGCAAAGACUCAAAUCAAGCAGCUUGAAGGUGGCAGCACAAGUGAAGGUCUAGGAACAGAUGGUGCUCUGAAGCAGGAACUGGAAAGUGCAAGGGAGCAGUAUGCUGUUGCUUUGGCAGACCUUGAUGCAGCAAAACAAGAGCUUAGAAAGCUCAAGAAGGAUUUUGAAACAUCUUUGGAUAUGAGGUUGUCUGCUGCCCAGCAGGAAGAGGAAUCACUGCAUACAACUGAAGCCAACAUAGAAAAAGCUAACCAACUUCGUAGUGAGAUUGCCGAAAUUCAAGAAUCCCUUAUGCAUGUUAAGGCAGCUACCGUGCAAGCACACGAAGAAGAGGCACAAAUCCUUGCUGAGAAGGAUGUUGCUAGGACCACGUAUAAACAAGCUUUGGAAGAAACACAGAAGAAACUUUUGUCUUUGAGGAAUGAUUUUGACCCUGCUGCCUACGAUAGUCUGAAACAAAAACUAGAACAAACCAAUUCUGAGAUCGCAUCUAUGCAAAAAAAAAUAGAAGAGGCUCGGGCUCGGGAUUUAGAGUCUGUUGCCGUUGUCAGCACAGAGUUGGAUGAUGCUAAGGAAAUGUUGCAAAAAGUAGCAGAGGAGAAAAGUUCUCUUCGAAGUUUGGUGGAAUCACUGAAAGUGGAAUUGGAAGCUGUAAAACAGGAGCACAAUCAGCUCAAAGAGAAGGAUACAGAAACCGAAUCUAUUGUCGGAGAUUUACAUGUCAAGCUUCAGAAAUGUAAAUCUGAGCUGGAGGCUGCUGUGGCUGCUGAAUCAAAAGCUAUGUCAGCUUCUGAUGACCUAAUGCUGGCCCUUCAGCAACUGUCCUCGGAGUCAAAGAAUGCUUUGCAAGAAGCUGAAAUGAUGGAGAAGAGUGCAGCAGAGCUAAGAGAGGAAGGCGAAAAAGCUCGGGUUGAACUAGCAGAAGCCGAACAAAAGAUGCAAUUGGCUUUAAAGGAAGCAGAAGAGGCUAAAGCAGCUGAAGCAAGAGCCCUUGAUCAGAUCAAGCAACUCUCGGAUAGAGCAAGUGCUGCUAGAUCCUCAACAUCCGAGUCUGGAGCAAUUAUCACAAUUUCUAAAGAGGAGUUUGUAUCUCUCAGCCGAAAGGUUGAGGAGUCAGAGAAGUUGAGUGAUAUGAAAGUUGCUGCUGCUAUGGCUCAAGUGGAAGCCAUCAGAGCCAGUGAGAAUGAGGCAAUCAAGAAACUAGAAACUGCCCGCAAGGAAAUGGAGGACAUGGAAUUGGCAACAGAAGAGGCCCUAAAGAGGGCAGAGAUGGCUGAGGCAGCCAAAAAGGCUGUAGAAGGUGAGCUCAAGAGAUGGCGCGAGAAGGAGAAGAAAACCGCAGAGGCUCAGCCGUCGGCAGGGGCAGAAGAACUUGGAAGUGGAUCGCCUCCUGUACCUCAGACUUCAGCUGGGAAAGCUUCUGAGAAGAACGACGGGCAUAGGAACAGCAGAACGCUACUGAGGAGGAGCUUCAUGCUGCCAAACAUCACGAGCAUGUUCCAUAAGAAGAAAAACCAACCUGGCAGCAGUUCUCCCUCCUACCUUCCUGGGGAAAAAUCUGUGUAAUCUAUAGGAAGCUCUUGUCUGUGAAUUGAAAUUUCCAAACUUGAACGCAUGCUUUUACAUUAUAAUCUGUAUAAAACCGUGUGCUUCCUUGCGCCUUGCAGUAAAUUUCUGACAUAAUUUU